AUAUGAUUGUUUUGACACUUGACCAUUUUUUUUCGCAGGUUUAAGUGCUUUUCUCACCUAGUACAAGUUUUUUUGGAUUUAGCCCUAACAAAACUUAGACUAGAAAAUGGCACUAGGACUUUUGCCUUUUAUCAUUUUCACUGUACUCUGGGGUGGAGUGGGUAUUGUGCUCCCCAUUAUCGUUCCUAAAGGUCCAAACAGGGGGAUUAUCCAAGUUAUUUUGAUGCUAACGGGUGUUUGCUGCUGGUUGUUCUGGUUGUGUUGCUAUGUGGCUCAGAUGAACCCCUUGAUUGGACCCAAACUAGAUAAGCAUACUAUUAUGGUCAUGGCAAAAGCAUGGGGAAAUGAACUAAAAGAACAAUAGCAAAGUUUAAAUCUCAUGAUUUUCAAAUUUAGUGAAUCACUUUGUUGUUAAUGUUGUAUUUAAAGAUAUCUUAUGUUUUCAUAAAUGGUUAUUUUAGAUUUUAUUAGCCUUCAAAAUAAAUUUCAUUUUAGGGAAAUUAGUUAACAAUUAUAAUCAUGAUUUGCAUAUAACAAUAGAUACUCAUUCUGUACUAUGUAUUUUUAUGUAUAUAAUUUUCAUUCCAUUAAAUAGUUUGUAGGUAUCAA